AUGGUGAUGAAAAUGGCUCCCCAGAAUGCUGACUCGGAAUCUAUGCAAGUUCAAGAGCUACCGGUGGUACAGCUCCAGAAGCCAGGAAAUGAAAACGAGAGUAAAGAAGAGACCAUCAGCGAAGGAUCCGUAGACCGGAUACCCGUCCGUCUCUGGGUGAUGCACGGUGCCGUAAUGUUUGGCAGGGAAUUUUGUUACGCCAUGGAGACGGCCUUGGUGACUCCAGUAUUGCUACAAAUCGGUCUUCCUGAACAGUACUACAGCCUCACAUGGUUCCUCAGUCCGAUCCUGGGCCUGAUCUUCACGCCUCUGAUAGGUUCCGCUAGUGACCGCUGCACCCUCAGCUGGGGCCGCCGGCGGCCUUUUAUUCUCGCCCUCUGCAUUGGCGUCCUCCUCGGCGUUGCCCUUUUCUUAAACGGCUCCGUUAUAGGUCUAGCCGUUGGAGAUGUUCCAGACAAGCAGCCGAUAGGCAUAGUCCUCACCGUGCUCGGGGUGGUGGUCUUGGAUUUCUGCGCCGAUGCAACGGAGGGACCGAUCCGAGCCUAUUUGCUCGAUGUGGUGGACAGCGACGAGCAGGACAUGGCACUCAACAUCCACGCCUUCUCGGCCGGUCUCGGAGGAGCCAUUGGCUACAUGUUGGGGGGCCUGGAUUGGACACAGACCUUCUUAGGAAAGAUCUUCAAAUCUCAAGAGCAAGUGCUCUUCUUUUUUGCCGCCAUUAUUUUCUCUGUCUCGGUUGUCCUCCACCUUUUCAGCAUCGAAGAGGAGCAGUAUAACCCUCAGCAGGACAGAAUCGAUGACGAAGCAGAAACCCUUUCGAGCGUCAAACUGAGCGGCAGCCUCCCGCCCCUGAAUCGACUGAAUGUCAUCAGCGAGGAAGACCCUUAUGGGAAUUCCAUGUUCCCAGACGAGGUCCAGUCAGAACAAGAUCUCAACAUGGAGUUCCUCGAUGUCGACAUUGUGCGGAGCAAGAGCGAUUCUGUCCUGCACAUGCCGGAUGCCACUCUGGAAAUAGAAUCUGAGCUGCUUUUCCUCCAUGAUAUCGAGCCCUCCAUCUUCCAGGACGCCUCUUACCCGAACACCCCCCACAGCACCAGCCAGGAACUGAUGAAGUCCAAAUUCAACCGCCUGUCUGCUUUCCUCAGGGAAAACGAGAAGGAAGAGGAGAUGUUACUUGAUAAUCACUUGAACGAAGCCAAAGUCCCCAACAGCAACGGCUCCCUACCGAAAGACCUUCUGAAUGGACACGCUCAGAUCGGCAUGAAGCAGUCGAGCACUUCCAAUUCCAUGCGCCGGCGGAGGCACAUGUUCUACCGCCAGCCCUCGUAUACCUUCUCCUAUUACGGCAAAAUCGGCUCCCACCGCUACCGUUUCCGGCGGGCGAACGCCAUCGUCCUGAUCAAGUCCUCCCGGAGCAUGAAUGACAUCUACGACAUGCAGAAGCGGCAGCGGCAGAGGUACCGGCACCGGAACCCGAGUGGUGCCACCAACUCCAGCGGGGACACGGAGAGUGAAGAAGGGGAAACGGAGACCACUGUCCGGCUCCUGUGGCUGUCCAUGCUGAAGAUGCCCAAGGAGCUGCUGCGUCUCUGCGUCUGCCACCUCCUCACCUGGUUUUCCAUCAUUGCAGAAGCCGUGUUCUACACUGACUUCAUGGGGCAGGUCAUCUUCAGCGGUGACCCCAAGGCUCCUUCCAAUUCUACCGAGCUGCACGCCUACAAUGCCGGGGUCCAGAUGGGCUGCUGGGGGUUGGUCAUCUAUGCUGCUACUGCUGCUGUGUGUUCAGCCAUACUACAGAAGUACCUGGACAACUAUGACCUUAGCAUCAGGGUGAUCUACAUCUUGGGCACGCUGGGGUUCUCCAUAGGCACCGCCGUGAUGGCCAUCUUCCCCAACGUGUACGUCGCCAUGAUAAUGAUCAGCACGAUGGGCAUUGUCUCCAUGAGCAUCUCCUACUGCCCCUACGCACUUUUGGGACAAUAUCAUGACAUCAAGCAGUAUAUUAACCACAGCCCUGGCAAUUCAAAGCGAGGCUUUGGCAUAGACUGUGCCAUCUUGUCCUGCCAGGUCUACAUCUCCCAGAUCCUGGUGGCCUCUGCUCUUGGAGGAGUGGUUGAUGCUGUAGGCUCAGUCCGGGUCAUACCCGUGGUGGCCUCAGUGGGAUCGUUGUUGGGCUUCCUGACAGCCACUUUCCUGGUGAUCUAUCCUGAUGUCGGUGAGAGUCCAAAGGAAGAGCAGAAAGGCCUGGCCCCUCCAGAGGUGACUGACAGCAACGGCGUGAACGAGGAGAAACCAACUGUGAUCAAGCUGUCUCGGAAAGAAGCAGCCUCGUCGGAAGUGGAAAGUGAAUCGGCCAUUUGAGUGAAAAUCACCUUCAUUCGCACACAUUCCAAGCCAUUCAGGUGCAUGAAUCCGAACAAGGUCACAAGUGAAAUCUGAACGUUCGAGAGACGUCCCUUGCUGCCUUUUGCGCUGCAGUGGGUGGAGGGUUCCUCAUGCAAAGUGUAGAUGAAAUCCCAUAGUCCUAGUAUAGCCUUGAAUGCAGAUCGCUUUCUCUACAAUCCAGAGGAUCUCCUCUCCUCAUGGUCUUGCUCAUGAGGAAUUGUGCACCUGGGUUUCAAAGAUAACUUUUCAUCAGUUGGCAGGUUAAACUUUCUUCU